AUGGAGAUCGAAGAGUUCGAAGAGUACCUAUUAGACGAAGGACGUGCAUUAGGCGCCCAGGAGAGGGAACUCUUCUUCCGUGAACCUCGGUGUUCAAUCUGCGGAAUCUCCGACCGCCUCCUCCGCAAACGACGUCGCUUCGGGCACAUAACACCACAUCCAGACCACCGCGACCAGCACGACGAACAAAAGUACCAAUCCCUAGGCCUAACCCACUGCCACCUCAACCAACGCCUCCGCGAAAGCAUCCGCCUCCGCUCCGUCCUCCUCAAACUUCGCAAAUCAUCGCCAUGGGCAGACGUCAAAAAUCUCGGUAUCAACCCCAACGGAAGCAUCGUCUGGUUUCCCAGUCGGAUUAUGGAGAGCUGGAAGGGGCUGAAAGACCGGACGUGGGAGGAGGAGUACCUGGAAGAAGUGAGGCAGGCGUUUAGAAUGAUACCUCCCACCAAAGCGUUGCCGGAUCCGAGCCAUGCGUUGUUGAGAGCCGUUUCGGAGGAGUUGAGCGUUCCGUUGAGCAUUUUGUGGGGUUUGGAGGUCCUACAUGCGGACGAUUUGAGUUGGACGAAGAGGGAUACCCUGCGAAUCCAUAUACUCAAGGUCUCGGAGAGCGAGCUACGCAUGAACAACGUCUUUGAAGAGAUUCUUCAUCGGUUACCAGAAGUUCGACAUCUCGAGUUCAAGUUCUCUGAGUUCUACGUAUCAACUCACCAACAUGCUGCUACAGGCAAUGCACCAACCGCGGGCGCCAAAGAACCCACAUCCACUGCUCCACGUAAAGUUCUUCCUAGUAGAAUCUGCAAGAGCCAUAAGAUAUUGAAUCAGGUUGCCAGCUAUUACGACGACUUUGUCAAAGCCAAAGGACAAGACUUCAUCAAACCCGACAUCGCAGCAGCGUUCGACGCCUCCUCCGACGUAAAGCCCUGGAAAGCAACAAUCAAAACCCUAACAAAAUGGAAAGUACCUGCCAUAUUCACCUCCCUAACCCACGAGCAAUCAGUCAAAGACGCCAAAGACCUCCGCAAGACAGGGACCAAGCUGAAGAAAGAAUUGAGCCCGCGAAUAAAUCCCUGGGGAUCCAUGCAACUCAGAACAGACUCCAACAGCAUCGGAAUCGACGGCUUCUUCACUGCCAACGGAUGGAUAGCAGGCGGGUCGUACUGAAGCUUGUGUUCCACUUGCGCAUUGAUGUGACACAUGUUACGUUGUUGAAAGCGCAAGAAGCGAUGUCCACCAAACUGAGGAGGGAGGUCGUGCAAUUAAUCAAAUGUAUAGGUAUGAGUCGUAAUGGUAAAUCUAGCAAUGGGUCGCCGGGGUCGUCUGUAUAGUCCUGACGAGGGAUAGGUUUUGAUAGGGGAUGGAUGGAUAGCGUCGGAGGGGCGGGCAGAGUUUAAGCUGCUUGUGGCGUCUCAGCCCCAGAUUGCUGAGACUCUUGACGCAUUUGCUCUGCCUGGGGAUUGGUGUCGCUCGCGAAUCGCAAGAAGACAGCCAUGCCGUCAGGUCCCCGCUUGCCACGGAGCUCGUUGAUAACCGCCUGCGCCUGCUCGACGCUAGCGAACCGGAUAACACCAGAGUCGCGCUGGGUGUUGGUCUGACGGUCGACACCUGGUAUACACGUUAAUAAAUCCAUCUGGACGUACGCG